AUGUACCCAUUGGAGUUUUUCUUCGGUUAUGCGCAAAAAGCGCUCGGGUUGUUGCCAGGCCCACCAGGCGAGCAACUUGCACCCAAAGUGCUUAUUGUAGCGAUGUUCAACCAAGAAGCGACCAACUGGCUGGCAAAGGAUAGUGCUCUAAAAUUCGAACACACAGUCCGCAUCCCAGGCCUUUCACAUGGAUAUGAUGAGGUGCACUGUACAGCAGAUAAAACAGUUUGUCUUGUAGUUACCGGAAUUGCCUUGAUCAAUGCUGCGCUCGCCCUUUCAGCACUCUCCUCGUCGGCUCUGUUCGAUCUGUCCAAAACAUACUUCCUGCUGUCCGGAAUCGGCGGUGUCAACCCCAAAGUUGCAACCAUCGGCUCAGUUGCAGUAGCGAAAUUCGCCGUCCAAGUCGAUCUACAGCUUGAAUUCGACGCGCGAGAAAUACCCUCGACAUGGACGACUGGUUAUGUCCCGAUGGGAGCACCUUCCCACGAUUCUUAUCCGGACACGUUAAUGGGCUCCGAGGCUUUCGAGCUGAACGACAAUCUAAGACAGCAUGUAAUAUCCUUUGCGAAGGGGGCAAAGUUGACAGAUUCGCCCGCGGCGGUCAAAAAUCGCGCCUUUUACGCGAACUCGCCGGGAGGGAUUUACGACGCCGCAAACUCGGAUCCACAGAUCAUUGAAGGCGACGUCACCGCCAGCAACAUAUUCUUCCACGGGACUCAUCUAUGUGAAGGAUUCGAGAAGGUCGUCAAGCUUUAUACAUCCGGUAAGGCUGAGUACUACAUGACGGCAAUGGAAGACACAGGAACCCUGGCCGCGCUCCUGCGGGCCGCCGUCCAGAAACGCGUAGACUUCUCGCGUAUUAUCCUCAUGCGCGCCGGCUCGAACUUUGAUCGGAGCUAUUCGCCGAGCGAGCUUGCUUCUCUGCCUUUCGUCUUUGACCAUGGCGGGUUUGCACCAGCAUGUCGGAACCUGUAUCUGUCUGGAAUAAAGGUUGUUGAGGGUAUUCUUGAGGGCUGGUCUACGUUUGAGAAGGGCGUGGAAGCAACCAACUACGUCGGCGAUAUUUUUGGCUCGCUUGGGGGAACGCCCGAUUUUGGACCAGAGGCUUGCUUGAAGAGAUGA